AUGUCUACUACGACUUAUCCCAUUCCGGAGGUCCUGCCUGGAACCCUCCAACUUUUCGUACAGGAUGGAGGACAUCUCCGCGACCAAGAGAUCACGUUAACGCCUCCGCCGACCACAAGCCCGAACGAUCCUCUAAACUGGUCGCCAUGGCGGAAGUACUGGCAUGCCACACUCGUGCUCUUUAUCACUGGCCUCACGGCAGCCACGUCGAACAGCGCUGGGGCAGCUGGCGAUGGAAUGCUGGAAGAACUUGGUAUUCACUACAGCGUUGCUAAUACAGCCGCCGGAGUGCUGUUUCUUGGCAUCGGGUACUGGACUUUGUUGGCUAGUCCGAUGCCUUGGCUCUACGGACGACGCAUUCAGUAUCUGAUAAGCUUGGGGUUCUCUAUUAUUGGUCUGGCAUGGUUUGCGAACAUCCAAGGGGUCCAGGACUCGAUUUGGUGCCAAUUGUUCGUUGGUGCUUCCGAGGGCUGCGCAGAAGCACUGGCGCAACUAUCCUUGUCCGACCUGUUCUUCCAACAUCAGCGCGGCUCAGUUCUGGGUGUGUACAUUCUCGCAACGUCCGUCGGGACGUUCUUGGGUCCUUUGGUGUCAGGAUACAUCGCUGCAGAUGCCUGGCGAUGGGUCGGCUGGACAGGUCUUAUCAUCUCCGCUGCCACUCUCGUUACAUUCUACUUUGGACUGGAGGAGACUGCGUUCCAUCGAGAGGCCAUCCUCGGGCGUCAUCUCGGCGGGCAACCUGUAGAGACACUUGCCGAUGAGAAGAAAGACGACAAGGGCCAGCUGGACGCCAGAGGCUCGACCGAUAGCGACACGAUCCCAAUGGACCGGCGUCGAACCUACCGCGAGCGCAUCGCUCUUAUUACUCCAGCUCCCAACAUGAUCGGUACUGGCUUCAAGCAAUACUUUCACCGCCUCUUUCAUACUCUGCGAGUGUUCACUUUUCCCGCCGUCAUCUACUCUGGUCUACAGUGGGGAGCUCAAGACGCCUGGCUUACAUUCUACCUUACGGUGGAAGAGGACAAUUACUAUGGUCCGCCGUGGAACUACUCCAACUCGGCUGUAGCAAUCAUGAAUGUUCCGACAUUGAUUGGUGCGGCGAUCGGCUGUGUAUACGGUGGCUGGUUCUCGGACGUCUUUGUGCGAUGGAUGGCGAAGAGGCCUGGCCGAAAUGGCAUUUCCGAAGCGGAAGAUCGCUUGUGGCUUAUGUUUGCCUCAGCCUUCAUCAAUCCAGCUGGGCUGAUGCUGUUCGGUAUCAGUUCGUCGAAAGGCGCAGCGUGGCCGGCGCCGUAUGUCGGACUUGGAAUGAUUGGUUUUGGAUUUGGUUGUGCGGGCGAUUUGUCGAUGGCUUAUUUGAUGGAUGCAUACCCCGAUAUGGUGCUGGAAGGAAUGGUCGGCGUGGCUGUCAUUAACAAUACACUGGCUUGUCUCUUCACUUUCACGACGAGCUAUUGGAUCGAGGCUAGUGGAUUGGCCGACACAUUUAUUGCGAUUGGUGUUUUGUCUUUUGUUUUCCAGAUGACGACUGUACCCAUGAUGAUCUGGGGCAAAGCUUGCAGACGGUGGACAUACCAGCGAUAUCAAAGAUUCUUGUAUCUAAGAGACGGAGAGCAAUGA